CCGCCGCUCUUCAAGUCCCACAACGCCGCCUUCUUCUCCGUCACCGUCGCCGCCAAGAGCGCCGCGUACCGCGCGCUGCGGCGCGUGAGGCGGCAGCGCGCGCUGCUCCUCCUCGCCGUCCCGGCGCUCUACCUCUACUUCCUCGUCUCGCGGUCCUUCCUCCUUGACCUUCUCUCCGCCAUCGCGUUCUCCGCCGCGCUCGUGUUCUCGCUCAACCUCGCCUUCCCGCUCCCGCUCCGCUCCAUCCGGCUGAAGUCGCCGUCGGCGGGGGGGGCGCGCCCCGCCCCCGCGCUGCCGGUGUUCUGGACGAUCGGGUCGCGGCCGAAGUCGGAGAAGCGCGUGGCGUCGGGGUGCUGGGUGCAGGUGUUCGGAAACGGCGACGUUUACGAGGGGGAGUUUCACCGAGGGAAGUGUUCGGGGAGUGGAGUGUAUUAUUAUAGUAGGAGUGGGAGGUACGAGGGGGAUUGGGUCGAUGGCAAGUAUGAUGGCUAUGGGGUUGAGACUUGGGCACGUGGGAGUCGCUACCGUGGGUGUUACCGCCAGGGCCUGAGGCACGGCUUUGGCGUAUAUAGGUUUUACACCGGGGAUGUCUACGCCGGAGAGUGGUCUAAUGGUCAGAGCCAUGGGUAUGGGGUUCACACGUGCGAGGAUGGGAGUAGGUACGUUGGGGAGUUCAAAUGGGGUGUUAAGCAUGGCCUUGGUCAUUACCAUUUCAGAAACGGGGAUACAUAUGCGGGUGAAUACUUCGCGGACAAGAUGCAUGGUUUUGGCAUAUAUCGUUUUGCGAAUGGACAUCGUUAUGAAGGAGCCUGGCAUGAAGGCAGAAGGCAAGGACUUGGAAUGUAUACAUUUAGAAAUGGUGAAACCCAAUCUGGUCACUGGCAAAAUGGAGUCCUUGACAUUCCAAGCACACAGAACACCACCUAUCCAGUUUCUCCUGUUGGCGUCUAUCAUUCCAAAGUACUCAAUGCAGUGCAGGAAGCAAGACGAGCAGCAGAGAAAGCUUAUGAUGUGGCUAAGGUAGAUGAAGGGGUGAACAGAGCUGUAGCAGCUUCUAAUAGAGCAGCCAAUGCAGCUAGGGUAGCUGCUGUGAAGGCUGUGCAAAAGCAGAUGCAUCAUGUUAACAAUGAAAGCUUCUCUAUUCCCGUUAUGUAAGAGUAUCUCAGCUGCUUAUAUAUUAUUAGAGAAGCUUGAGAUUGUAGAAGAAAGCAGCUUCACUAGCUACACUAGUUUAAAACAGCUUCAUGCCCAUUGCAAUAGUCGCUUUGGCAUUGUGCUUUCUUUGUAUUCGCUCCUAGAACCUUACCACCAGGUAGCUAGCUGAAAGCAGAUUUGUUAUCUAUAUCUGCUGCGGUCCUUGUAUAGAGAGAGGGAGGAAGGGUGAUGGCAUCCUUUUGGGAAAUUUAUUUUAUAGAUAAGUUUUCAUUUUUUGUUCCACUUUUUGUAAAUUUAUGUAAAUGCUGGUGUGGAGGUGAAACCUACAACCGGCUACUGUUGUAUUAUUGCUUGGUAAAAUAAGGAGAGGAGAAAUAUAUACAAUAAAAUGGUAUUUUUUACCCAACUUCAAAGUUA